CUGUGCGCGCGUGCGCGGUGUUCCCAGGCGGUGGCCUGCUGGGGGAAGAGCCGUGUCGCGCGCAGGAGGUGGCGGCUCCGGGUCUCACUGUUAGGGCUGCAGCCGAUGGCCUGAGGUGAUGAGAAGGUUUCUGUUGCUGUAUGCUACACAGCGAGGACAGGCGAAGGCCAUAGCAGAGGAAAUAAGGGAGCAGGCUGUGUCGCAUGGGUUUUCUGCAGAUCUUCACUGUGUUAGCGAGUCGGAGAAGUAUGAUCUGAAAACUGAAACUGCUCCUCUGGUAAUGGUUGUAUCCACCACGGGUACUGGUGAUCCCCCUGACACAGCCCUCAAGUUUGUGAAAGAAAUACGUGACAAGACACUACCCACAGACUUCUUUGCUCACCUGCGGUAUGGAUUAUUGGGUUUGGGUGACUCAGAAUACACAUACUUCUGCAAUGGAGGGAAGAUAAUUGAUAAACGACUUCAGGAGCUUGGAGCCCAGCAUUUCUAUGACACUGGACAUGCCGACGACUGUGUAGGUCUAGAGCUCGUGGUGGAGCCGUGGAUUGCUGGACUCUGGGCUGCCCUCACAAAGCACUUUAAGUCACUCGGAGGACAAGAAGAAAUGAGUGACACGCUCCCACGGGCAUCAGCCGCCCCCUUGAACACUGCUGGGGAGCCAGAAUUGUCACACAUCCAGUCACAAGUUGAACUUCUGAGAUUAGAGGAUGUGGGGGAAAGGGAUGCUGAGGUUUGGGAACAAAAUGAAACAAACAGGAGUCAGACGGGAGAUGUGAUUGAAGACCUUCAGUCCUCGCUCGCCCGCUCAGUUCCUCCACUCUCACAAGCCUCUCUGAGUAUUCCUGCUCUGCCCCCUGGAUAUUUGGAGGUCCAUCUUCAGGAGUCUCUGGGCCAGGAGGAAAUCCCGGCAUCUGUGACUUCGGUGGAUCCAGUUUUUCAGGUUCCAAUUUCAAAAGCUGUUCAGCUGACUACAGAUGAUGCCAUAAAGACCGCGCUGCUGUUGGAAUUGGACAUUUCAAAAAUCGAGUUUCCCCAUCAACCUGGGGAUUCCUUCAAUGUGAUCUGUCCAAACAGCGAUGCUGAGGUAGAAACCCUGCUUCAAAGGCUGCAGCUGGCUGAUAAGCGAGCACACCGUGUCCUCUUGAAGAUUAAGACGGACACCAAGAAGAAAGGAGCUGCUGUGCCCCAGCAUGUGCCCGAGGGCUUGUCUCUGCAGUUCAUCCUCACCUGGUGUCUGGAAAUACGAGCAGUUCCUAAAAAGGCGUUUUUGCGUGCCCUCGUCGACUGCACCAGCAGUGCUGCUGAGAAGCGGAGGCUGCAGGAGCUGUGCAGUAAACAGGGGGCAGCUGACUACAGCCGCUGCAUCCGCGACGCCAGUGUCUGCCUGCUGGACCUGCUCCUCUCCUUCCCGUCCUGCCACCCUCCUCUCAGCCUCCUGCUCGAGCACCUUCCCAAACUCCAGCCUCGACCAUACUCAUGUGCAAGCUCCGGCCUCCUCCAUCCAGACAAGCUUCACUUCGUCUUUAACAUCGUAGAGUACCCGUCUAACACCACAGCGGCCUCGCUGCGGAAGGGGGUGUGCACAGGCUGGUUGGCCACACUGGUGGCUCCAUUUCUUCAGCCAAACACAGAGGCUUCGCAUGCAGGCAGUCCUGAUGGCCUGGCUCCUAAGAUAUCCAUCUCUCCUCGAGCGACACAUUCCUUCCACUUACCAGAUGACCCUUCAGCCCCCGUCAUAAUGGUGGGUCCAGGCACUGGCGUGGCCCCCUUCAUUGGCUUCCUCCAGCACAGAGAGAAGCUCCAAGAACAACACCCAAAUGGAAAUUUUGGAGCAAUGUGGCUCUUCUUUGGCUGCAGACAUAAGGACAGAGACUACCUGUUCAGAGAGGACCUCAGGCGCUUCGUCAAGAUUGGGGUCUUGACUCACCUGAAGGUCUCCUUCUCCAGAGAUGCCCCACCAGAGGAGGAGGCCCCAGCAAAGUAUGUGCAAGACAACCUCCACCGUCACAGCCAGCAGGUGGCCAGGAUCCUCCUUCAGGAGAAGGGCCACAUUUACGUGUGUGGAGAUGCCAAGAACAUGGCUAAAGAUGUGAAUGACGCCCUGGUGGAAAUCAUAAGCAGAGAGGCUGGCGUUGACAGACUGGAAGCAGUGAAAACACUGGCAGCGUUCAAGCAAGAGAAGCGCUAUCUUCAGGAUAUUUGGUCAUAAACUGGAAGGAGGACAUUUUUUUUCCCUCUGAAAAUGCCAAAAGACAAUUUUACUGAAGCUGACUUUAAAAUUUUUCGAAAAUUUCUUGGAAGAGUUUGUGUGGAGAACAAUCUCUGAGUCUGGAGCAACCUCACAGGAGGUCUCCCACUCCUCGCCUGGGCCCCGCCCACCAAGGGCCGAGCUGUGUGGUGGUGCAGAGGCAGCUUGAAUUGCACAUGCCCCGAGCACCACCCCCCACCCCGGAGGACAGGUAGUCGAUGGCUCACCUGUGCCUGUGCACAUUAUGGAAAACUUGUGGACAUAUUAUCUUUCUGUGAAGUAUACACAAAGAAUAUUCAUAGCAGUAAUAUUUAAAUCAUGUGUAAGCCAUAUUUUUUGGAUGUUUAUAUAAUUAUUUGUGAUUUAUUAUCAAAAUUAUAUUUCUGAUAAAAUAUUUUAAUUUUGAGGUAAUCCUUAUAAAGAUUUUUAUGCUACUAGAAAUAUAUUUGAAAUCCUCCUCUGCCUUUUUCAUCCUGACGUUUUGUAAUGUCACAAUUCUGUAGCGCAGGGGCAUUUACAUCCCCUCACAGAAGACACCAUGAGCACAUUCCAGUCUUGUUACACUGUUCUUCUCAUGGGCGCCUUUCAUCUCUGCUCCUCACUAAUAGAGAUGGUUUUUCCAAUACUGAUUUUAUUCUGUGCACCACCUUAAAAUACUGUCAAGCCUUAAAAUACUACAGUUAGAUUUCUGAUCCCAAAAUUCUAUGAAAGUUAUGAAAGUAAAGUAUGUGAAAGGCUUCUGCAUUGGUUAUGCAUGUUGUUGCUGGGACGAAGCAACUUCAGGAGGGGGUGUUGAAGCUCAGGGUUCCGCUGUGCAGUCCACGAUGGUUGGGAGGUCAUGGUGGCAGAAGCUGGUGGCAGCGGUCACGUCACAUCCACAGUCAAGGAGAAGAAGACUGCCUGUGCCUAGCUAGCUUUCUCCUUUUCAUACACUAGAACGCCACCCAUGGCGUGGGUCUGCCAACAUUGAGUGUGGGUCUUUCCACCAGGCUUGUCCAGAGACGUGUCUCCAACGUGAUUCUAGACCUGUCAACUGACUAUAACUAUGGCAGGUAUAAUAAAACUUCCUCCGUCUGGUA